AUGAUUGCCACUCCUGUUUUGGUUGGGAACCCUAUCGCAGAAUGGGGCGUUGAGGGGGUAAUUUGGGCAAUUCACCGCAAUGCCAGAAGUUGGAAUGACAUCCCGGUUAAGAAGUCGUUGUCCGGGCCAUGGAAGAACAUUAUAAGUAUUAGGCAGCUCCUUUUACAUGCAGAUAUUGAUCUAAAAAAUGCGGUUUCAGCGGUUUGGGCGAAUGGGAAAAACAUUCAAUUCUGGCUGGAUAGUUGGGCAGACCCGUUGCCGUUGUAUGUUAAGUUCCCGGAUUUAUUCAAGGUUGAUAGUAAUAAACAGUGCUUGGUGGAGGAUCGGGUGGGCUUCAGCGAUGCGGGUCCGUUGUUCAUAUGGGCUUGGGUUCGGGCCUCUCUUGAUGUUAACGAGUGUCAUCAACUACAACAGUUGGAAAGUUUGAUUGAGUCUUUAGCCGUGAACGUGGGGGUGGAUAGAUGGUGCUGGAAGUACGAUGCAAAUGGAAGCUUUAAUGUGGCAAGUAUCAAGAAGAUCUUGAGUUCGGUAAACCGAGACAGCCAAGCGCGAGCAUUCGAGUGGAAUAACUGGGUUCCGAAGAAGGUUGCUAUAGUGGCGUGGAGGGCUGAUAUGGAGAGGCUUCCUACUAAGUGUGCACUCUCGGCCCGGAACAUUCCGGUACAAGACCAGUUCUGUGUGUUAUGUGGGGAGUACGAGGAGACAAGUGAACAUCUUUUUGCAGCGUGUCACUUCGCGCAGUCGAUAUGGCUGAACAUCGCAGAUUGGUGCAGAAUACCGCCAAUAAUAACAUUCGGUUUUGAAGAUCUACUUAGUUUGCACGAGAUUAGUCCCGGCUCAUCAAAGAAACGAAAGAUUAUACAUGCUGUUGUAUUGGUGGCGGUUUGGAGUAUUUGGAAAUUGAGAAAUGAGAUAGUCUUCAGAAAUGGUGUCCCAAACACUACAAAGACUCUAGACGAGAUAAAGUCGAUGGCGUACCUUUGGAUCAAGAAUCGUGCAAAGAUGGUAUCGAUGUCAUGGGAGGAAUGGGGCAGAUUUAGUUUAACUGGUUUGUGA